AGAUAAGGAACUUCACAGAAAAAUAGAGGCGAAUAGACAGGAGGGGUGGACAGAUGUGGCUAGAGGAGUCACAGGGGCCUGGAGGCUGUGGUGGCAAUGGGUGGUAGCUGGAAUGUGAAAGGAAAAGUGGGAUCAAGGAUGAUGCCAACUUUCUGGUAUGGACGUUGAUGGAUGGUGGUGCUGAUGAGAGUGGGAAUUUUCAGGCUUGCCGAGGGGCACAGACAGCUGCGGCUGCAGCUCCCCGAAUCAAAAAAUUUGCCAUUUACCGAUGGGACCCAGACAAGACUGGAGAUAAACCUCGAAUGCAGACUUACGAAGUUGAUCUGAAUAAGUGUGGACCUAUGGUGUUGGAUGCUUUAAUCAAGAUUAAGAAUGAAAUUGAUUCCACUUUGACCUUCCGAAGAUCAUGCAGAGAAGGGAUCUGUGGCUCUUGUGCCAUGAACAUCAACGGAGGGAACACUCUGGCGUGCACUCGUAGGAUCGACACGAACCUCAGCAAAGUCUCAAAAAUUUACCCUCUUCCACAUAUGUAUGUGAUCAAGGAUCUAGUCCCUGAUCUGAAUAACUUCUACGCACAGUACAAAUCCAUUGAGCCCUAUCUGAAGAAGAAGGAUGAGUCCCAGGAGGGCAAGCAGCAGUAUCUGCAGUCCAUCGAGGACCGGGAGAAACUGGAUGGACUGUAUGAAUGCAUCCUGUGCGCCUGCUGCAGCACCAGCUGCCCCAGCUACUGGUGGAAUGGAGACAAGUACCUGGGGCCUGCAGUUCUCAUGCAGGCCUACCGCUGGAUGAUCGACUCCAGAGAUGAGUUCACAGAGGAGCGCCUGGCCAAGCUGCAGGACCCCUUCUCUGUCUACCGCUGCCAUACCAUCAUGAACUGCACACAGACAUGCCCCAAGGGUCUGAAUCCAGGGAAAGCCAUUGCUGAGAUCAAGAAGAUGAUGGCCACCUACAAGGAGAAGAGGGCCCUGGCUUAACCUUCUCCAUACUGGAUAUGUUUGUCAGCUCCGACUUGAAUCCCUUUGAGCACUGGAUUCUCCAGGAAAGCAGCAUGUAUAAUAAACAUUUUAUGAAAUAA